UUAAGAAACACUGGAGAGACAGACAGCCCAGUACAUGCAGUCAUAGGGAUAGGGCUACGAUCCCCACCAUCGCCCUGCGCCUUUUGGAUUGAAAAGAGAAAAAAAAAAGGCAUCUUUCAGCUAUAUAUCUCAACACAUGCCAAUGCUAUUCAUUGAUUAUACAUGUACAUGCCGUCGAAGGAGCUAUAUAUAGGCUAUAGCUCUGUAUAGUGCUACUUGAGGCAUCGUUUGUUUGGCUAAUUUAUCUUUCACCAUCAUCCGAUCGAUCGCCAUGCUUCCUGCAAAGUUGUCGUCGUCUUCUUCUGUUUUGUGUGGUUUUGUGGUGCGAAUGUUGUUGGCGGUGGAUGCGUGGAGGUGGCUCUGCGCUGCAAAUGCGGCGGAUGCGACGGUGAAAGUGGGGAACAUAUCGAAGGUGGAAGACGCCGAUUACUUCCAUAUUUACUACGGCCAGACCUUCAAGGUCAUCAAGAAUGGCUUCGACGGCAAGAGCUAUCUCCUCAUCCAGAACAACUCAAGAAUGGCAUCGAGGACCAAAUACUGCACCACCAGAAUCAAAUCAUUUGUAAUCCCAUUGUCAAACUAUUCGGUGGAGACAGACUAUUUUCCAGUUUCCUUUUUCGAGCUUCUGGGAUUACUUGAAAACUUGAAGGGCAUAACAUCAGGCUUCGUGGCAUCUCAGUGUGUGCUUAAACUGUACAACGAGGGACAGAUUGAGUUUGUGAACAAGAGUGAGCAGCAGCAGCUUACCCAAUUUGAAACCCAUUUCAUUAGCAACACUGAUCAACCCCAAUCUUGCAAUUUUGCUACUUUUCUUCCUACUGGGGAGGAAACCCCUCUUCAGCGAGCGGAGUGGAUCAAGUACCUUGGAGCUUUUGCUAAUGCAGAAGUCAGAGCAAAUCAAAUUUAUGAUGCUGUUAAAGAGAACUAUAUGUGCUUGAUGAAAGCUGCUGCAAGCAAGAGAACAUCAUUCAAACCAAUAGUAGCUUGGAUGGAGUUCGAUAACAAUUUUGUGUGGUAUUUUACAAAGGAUGCAUACAAGUUAAAGUUGGUGGAAGAUGCAGGUGGAGAGAAUGUUGACAACUCUAUCAACAAAAUCUCCUACAACAUCUCCACGCCUGAUGACUUGGAAGCAUUCCAUGCCAUUCUAUGUACAGUGGAUGUAGUGAUUGAUGAAACCUUUACCUCUGAUCCAACAAACUACAACAUGUCCAACUUCCUCCAAAAUGUUAAUAUUGAUGAUCAAUCUUGCUUUGCUUUCCUUUCAAAUCAAAGUCUAUGGAGGUAUGAUAAGAGGAUUCAAAGCAAUGCCAGCCUCGACUGGUACGAUGGAGCAGUGUCCCAGCCUCAACUACUUCUAGCAGACCUAAUUGAAGCUUUCUUUCCAUCAGGGAACUACACCACCUCCUUUUUCAGAAAUCUUGCUAAGGGUGAAGGAGUUACAAAUAUCAGCCCAGAAAUGUGUGAUAGGGAUAGUUCCACUGCUCUGGAACCCACCAUCAUAGCUUGCAACUAAUUAUUUGUUUUUUUGUUUUUUGUUUUUUGUUUUUUGUUUUUGGCCUUCUUUUGCAGUAAUUUUUUAAAAUUAUUUCGUCUGAAAUUCCCAAAAAUUUGUUAUGCUGCACGCUGCUCUUUCUAGCUUGAUUCGUCGAUUCUGUAUAUCUUAGGGAAUAUUAAUAUCCGAGGCUUGUGAAAGCAGUUUCUAGAACAG